AUGGCUACUGCAGCAGACUACGAGCGCCUCGGCGUCUGGGCCGAACUGCUCAACCCAGACGCCAACAUCGACCGUCGCGGUUCCAAACGCGUCGUCGAGAUGCAAGUCCUCUCGCUCGGUCUCCCCCGCACGGGCACCUUGUCCAUGCGCGAGGCCUACUCCAUCCUGGGCUACGAACAGCCAUACCACUACGCCAGCAUCGCCACCAACUGCAAGGACGCCGACAUGUGGAACGAGGCGAUGCGCGCCAAGUUCCACGGCAGGGGCAAGCCCUACGGCCGCGCCGAGUUUGACCAGCUCCUCGGCCACGCGGCGGCCAUCACGGACACGCCCGGCUGCGUCUUCUGGGAGGAGCUCGUCGAGGCGUACCCCGAGGCCAAGGUGGUGCUGGUCGACCGCGACGAGGACAAGUGGCUAGUGAGCGUGGGCGGGCUGAUUGACGGUGCGCUGAAUCCGUUUGGGCAGUACGUGCUGCGCUUCACGGAUCCGUUCUGGUGGGGGAGGAUUCUAACGUGUGGCCGGCUCUGGAUCGGCGGCUACUUUGGGUCCGUCAACCCGUCCACGGCCAAGGCGAAUGCGCGCGCGGUGUAUCGCAAGCACAACGACGCGGUGCGCAGAGCAGUGCCGAAAGACAGGCUGCUAGAGUACAAACUCGGGAGUGGGUGGGAGCCGCUGUGUAAAUUUCUCGGAAAGGAGGUGCCUGAUGUGCCGUUCCCGCACCUCAACGAAGCCGAUGUCCUCGCUAAUGCAUUUGGAGCGGCUAUUGGUAAAUCGCUGAGGAACUCUGCGCGCAACAUUCUGAUAGUCGUCGGUGUUGCAGGAGGUGCCGCAUGGGGCUUGUCGAAGAUGCUUUCCUAG